UCGGCAAACAGAACCACAACAACGAGCACCCGAGCUACAAAUCUUCUCACAAACUUUUAACUGCAGAGUGUAUACUUCCUGAUCGCCACUGGUGACGUACCACGUAAAGCAAGAUGUUUAUGUGGAAAAUUUUGAUGUCUGUGAGUUAACAUGAUUGCCUAGUGAGUGGGCUUAACCAGAUGCGGUUUACAAUAUGGGCUGCACCAUUGUUACCCCUCGAUGCUGCAUAGCGGCCAAUGAGCAAGAGCAUGAGGACUUGGUACAGAUACCGAGCACAAGGAGACACUCUGCACCUCCAGUAUGUGGAGGAGAAGUUGCCACUCAGCAGGAGCUGGAUAAAUUGAUACAACCUGGGGAGAAUCAAUUUUCCGCAAAUGACCAUUUAUUAGAGAGCCAAUUAGAGGAAUUAUCUAAGACGGAAUUGCUUUGGGGGAAGUCACGCAGAGAACUGGAGGAGAUCAUCCGCACUGAGCCUGUAAUAGGCUGGGAAGGAGAAGACAUCGGGUCUCUUGGUGAAAUUGUGUGGUCCUCCUCUGUUGUCCUUCAUGAACAAUACAAUAAGGAAGAGAGUAAAAGGCACCUCGUUCUCUUUCCAUUGCAUUUGUUACUUCUGGCCGUAGAUGAUGAGAAAAACAAGUUCAUUUAUCAGGGAUUGUUGCCUCUGUCAGGAAUUUCAGUCAGAACGUUGAUGGAAAAUACUUUUGAAAUUACUGGUUCAAUGUUCGAUUCUAGGAUAAUCACCUGUCCAGAUACAGAAGAGUUUAGAAUAUGGAUGGCCCAUUUGCCAAGAAGAGUGAAGAAGGCCUCCAUCUAUCGUCCACAUAAAGAGCAAAAGCUGUCUGUGCUGAUCCCUUGUGAUGAGAGCUGGAAGAGGCAAGAGCUAGAGAAAUACCUGCUACAGAAACCCAUCAAAGGCUGGGAAGGAACUCCUAUCCAACAUCUGGGAGCCAUCAUUUACUUGUCCAUGGUAAAAAUCAACUUCACACAGAGUCAGAUAUUUGAAGAAAGAAUUAUGGUUUUAUUUCCAGAUGAUCUUAUUAUACUCUCCACCGAUGAACAGAAAACCAUUGUUCAGUAUGAAGGAAGACUUGCGACUCAAAGCAUCAGAGCUUUGGAAAGAUCAGCUCGUGUAGGGCAUCUUGAGUUUGAAAUCACAGGUAACAUGAUGGAGCCUGUGAAGGUCUCUUGUGCCAAGCCAGCUGAAUACAAAAAGUGGUUUUUCCACCUCCAGAAGCCGGACUAUAAUACCAACACUUUGCCUUCGAAUGGUCAGCUCCCACCUAGACCACCCAAGAAGAGAAGCAGCUGUCGUUACUGAUGUUGUUCCUACACAGUCUUAUGAAUCCACUUCUACGUCAUAGUCACCAGUUUACACUUGAAAAGCAUGAAAACCACAGAACAGUGAUCCAGAAGACACUUAUGAUAUACUGCUCGACUACCUGCACUGGCUUUGAAAAUGAAUUAGGGAGUAGCAGGAUUAAGUCUUUCUAAAAUAUUCAUCAUUGGCAUCUCUGCCUCAUGACUCAGCACAAUUUAAAUGGCGGUAGAUGGGCAAUCUUUUAGUGGUCUUCUGCUGAUGUCACUCUGAAACUGACUGCAAGAGUAAACAGCCUACAAAAUCUUCAAUCCAUGUUUCCUCCCUCUGUCGUAUACUUGAUAGCAUUGCAGUUGGAAAUCUCAACUUGCUAUGUGGAAACAUCAUAACAGGAUAUCAUAAUUUGAUGCUUCUUUUCAAUAGCAUGUCAGAAUUGCAAUGGUUUUGACCACAAUGGCCACCGGAAAUCAAAAUGUCAAGACUGGAAAACAGAACUCCUCGCAGUGAAUCCAGGACACCUUAAGGUGCACUCCUUAUUUUGCCUGUGUUAGUUGAUCUCACCUGUGAGUGAGGUAGGGGCACCAUCAAAUGUCCUCAGAGUCUGUGAGCUCUGGCCGUUAUGCUGCUACUGGGAUUUGGGAGCAUGCAGGUAUUAAGUGAAUAAGCCAAGCUUGGAAGUUGCAUGUCCAAAGUCAUAAUCCAUUCUCACAAACAGAGAUGUCACCUCCAGUGAGAUGCAUUGUGGUUACAGUCACCCAAGGGACUGUAGGCCUGGAUGGGACACUGCUUUCAGACUGCAAAGAAGUGAAAAUCUAUUUUAAUUAAAUUGGUCCUGGAAUGCCAAUAAGAUUGGUGUUCAUCAUUCAUUCCUUGUGAUUGUCCAGAAAACAUUAGUGAUUUGUAAAAACCUUUUACUGUACUCCUGUACUUCUAUACUGGAAUGCACAUGACAAUAAGGGAUAUUCUAUAUUCUAUUCUUGAGCAAUUGCAGUACAGGUGGUAAAGGCAAUCCCAGGCUGAACUUAAAUAGGGUGUUCUUGUAUUUUGUUCCAACAACCAGACAGCACUGUUCUACACGUCCCACUAAUAUCCUUUGCAAGCUUUUGUUUUUCUAAUGGCAUUGUAAUUUUUACAUUUGGAGGAGACACUAAUGUCAGUGGUAUGCUGAAGAUUUGUCAAUCAGUGAUGUGAUACCUGAUUGUCCAUUUCUUUACAUGACUCUGCAUGUUAUCAACAUUUACAGAUUACAUUUUUCAAAACAACUUUUUAAAAAAAUCAUCAUAGCAACCUAUUUGUUGAUGAUGUUUCAUUGUGCCUACUACUUCUUAAAGGAAUAUGAGUGAUAAAGAUCUUUAGACUUUCAUUGCAAGUUUCAAAACAAGAAACUUACAUUUGGUCAGCUUUCAGAGGAAUAUUAUUCUGUAUCGAAAGGAGC